AUGGCGCUGGACAACUCCACCAGCGACCCGCAUGCGCCGCAGUCGCAGCUGAGCUCGGCCGACAUCGCCGUCAUCGCGGUGUACUUCGCCCUGAACGUGGCCGUGGGCAUAUGGUCCUCCUGUCGAGCCAGCAGGAACACCGUGAGCGGCUACUUCCUGGCAGGCCGGGACAUGACGUGGUGGCCGAUCGGAGCCUCCCUCUUUGCCAGCAGCGAGGGCUCAGGCCUUUUUGUGGGACUGGCAGGCUCAGGCGCGGCUGGGGGCGUGGCCGUGGCGGGCUUCGAGUGGAACGCCACGUACGUGCUGCUGGCCCUGGCGUGGGUGUUUGUGCCGAUCUACAUCUCCUCGGAGAUCGUGACCAUGCCUGAGUACAUUCAGAAGCGCUACGGAGGCCAGCGGAUCCGCACGUACCUGUCUGUGCUGUCCCUGCUGCUGUCGGUCUUCACCAAGAUAUCGAUCGACCUGUAUGCAGGGGCUCUCUUUGUGCACAUCUGCCUGGGCUGGAACUUCUACCUGUCCACCAUCCUCAUGCUCGUCAUCACGGCCCUGUACACCAUCGCAGGCGGCCUGACCGCUGUGAUCUACACAGACGCCCUGCAAACCCUCAUCAUGGUGGUGGGGGCCGUGGUUCUGACUGCCAAAGCUUUCGACCAGAUUGGUGGGUACGAGCAGCUGGCGGCAGCCUACGCCCGGGCCAUCCCGUCCAGGACUAUUGCCAACACGACCUGCCACCUGCCGCGCGCAGACGCCAUGCACAUGUUCCGAGACCCCUACACCGCGGACCUCCCGUGGACCGGGAUGACCUUCGGCCUGACCAUCAUGGCCACCUGGUACUGGUGCACUGACCAGGUCAUCGUGCAGCGGUCGCUGUCUGCCCGGGACCUGAACCACGCCAAAGCGGGCUCCAUCCUGGCCAGCUACCUGAAGAUGCUACCCAUGGGCCUGAUGAUCAUGCCGGGCAUGAUCAGCCGCGCGCUGUUCCCAGGGGCGGAGGAGAGGCACAGUGUCUGCAUCUCCCGCACAGAUGACGUGGGCUGCGUCGUGCCGUCCGAGUGCCUGCGGGCCUGCGGGGCCGAGAUCGGCUGCUCCAACAUCGCCUAUCCCAAGCUGGUCAUGGAACUGAUGCCCAUUGGUCUGCGGGGACUAAUGGUGGCAGUGAUGAUGGCUGCGCUCAUGUCAUCGCUGACCUCCAUCUUCAACAGCAGCAGCACACUCUUCACCAUGGACAUCUGGAGGCGGGUGCGGCCCCAGGCGGGCGAGCGGGAGCUGCUGCUGGUGGGACGGCUGGUCAUCGUGGUGCUCAUCGGUGUCAGCGUGGCCUGGAUCCCCGUCCUGCAGGGCUCCAACGGCGGGCAGCUCUUCAUCUACAUGCAGUCGGUGACCAGCUCCCUGGCCCCCCCAGUGACUGCGAUCUUCAUCCUGGGCAUUUUCUGGCGGCGCGCCAACGAGCAGGGGGCCUUCUGGGGCCUGAUGGCGGGGCUGGCGGUGGGCGCCACGAGGCUGGUCCUGGAGUUCCUCUACCCAGCCCCGCCCUGCGGUGCGGUGGAUGCCCGGCCCGCCAUCCUCCGCGGCAUCCACUACCUGCACUUUGCUGUCGCCCUCUUCGCCCUCAGUGGAGCAGUGGUGGUGGCUGGGAGCCUGCUGACGCCGCCCCCGCAGGGAGCUCAAAUCCAGAAUCUUACCUGGUGGACUCUAGCUCGAGACCUGCCCCCGGGGGCCAAAGCAGGUGACGCCCAAAAAUAUGCUUUCUGGGCCCGUGUCUGUGGCUUCAACGCCAUCCUUCUCAUGUGUGUCAACAUCUUCUUCUAUGCCUACUUCGCCUGA